GUCUUUCUUUCUCUUACAAAAGAAGCGCAGAAGCAUUCAACGCUCAAACUAGUCGACAGUCUUGGCUCGUCCUCCGUGCCGUGUUUAUAUCUAAGUGGGCUUUUGUUAAUAUUUCAUUAUAUAAAUAUACAAUAUACAAUUUCUUAAAAUACGAUCGAAAGAGCCUUCAGUGUAAUAUAUAUUUGAUUGUUUAUUUGAAUUUUCGUAUUUUGUAAUCAGUCAAAGAUCUUUAAAGACAAGCAAUUUGAGGUACAAAAUUGGAUCAACAAAUAAUAUAUAAAACAGUCUAGUGAUGAGAAAGAUAGAAAGAAAAAGAAAGAAAGGGGAAAAAGAGAAAUAACAUAAAUUAUAUUUCGGUAAGAGCUCAUUGAUAAAAAUACAUAUAGCACGAAGAAGAAGAAGAAGAAGAGAUUGAAGGUCAAUAGUUUAUAUCGAAGAUAUCAUUAAGAGCACGUGGCACGUGUGGACUUGGAAAGUUUUCGACUACCGGUACAGUGAUCGACAUUGAAUCGAUGGAAACGAGCGCAGGAAGCGCCUCUUACGAUAUUCAUUAUUCGCGAAAUUCAAAAUUAUCGUGGAAAGAAAAAGAAGUUCAAUUGGAAGUAGUAAAAGGAAAGAUCCAAAGUUCAUUAGUCAAAAUGAAUCAACAAAUCGUUAUUCACGUUUUAUCGUUAAGCGAUGGAAAUGCCAAAGUUUAUAUAUAGUUUACUCGCAGUUUUUAUUCAUAUAUAAUAAUUAAAAUGAACAAUAGAGUAAACGCAAAUCCAAAAAGAUCAUUAAUAUUGAGUUCAACAAAGCUUUCGAUUUGAUGAUGAUAAAGUCGAUAAAGGGAAAAACUAAUUAAAAUCUUGAUGGUUGUCGGAAGAUGAUGGUUUGUCUAAAUCUAUACUGUCAAUAUUACAAUACAUAAUUAUUAAUAACGAUGGAUAGCAACAAUGGUCUUUGGAUUUUUGGUUACGGGUCUCUUUGCUGGAACCCCGGUUUCGAGUAUACUAAAAGUACAACUGGUUUUGUAAAAGGAUUUGCCAGACGAUUUUGGCAAGGAAACACAACUCAUCGUGGUACAACGGAGAAGCCCGGUCGCGUUGCUACUUUGAUAGAACAGAAAGAGGGAAUCGUUUAUGGUCGAGUUUUUCAAGUAACAAAUAGCACGGCUUUACCUUAUUUACAAAAAAGGGAAUGUUCCUUGGGCGGAUAUCUCACAAUUAUUUCGAUGUUUUACACUCGUGACGGAAACAGUAGCUUUCCAGUAAUUAUUUAUAUAGCCACUAAAGAGAAUCAACAUUGGCUUGGGGAGGCAUCGUUACGUAGCAUAGCAAAACAGAUUACAGAAUGUUCAGGAUCAAGUGGACACAACGUUGAAUAUCUCUUACGAUUAGCAGAUUUUAUGCAUAAUUAUAUACCCGAGGCACAAGAUGAGCAUCUUUUUACAUUGGAAUUGUUCGUACGAUCGAUUAUAAAGGAGCAAAAUAUGUGUUUAACUACCCUAAUGGGAAAUAGAGAAUUCGUCAUCGACCUUGAAAAUGCCGAACAGGAUCAGUUGGAAGAGGAUCGUGAUAAUGCGAAUGUUCACAACGAUGUCAAUCGUGUUAUGGAAAACUCUUUCCAAUAUGCAUCUAGAGUACCACCUCAGACAUUGCGUUGUCUUAAAAUGUAAUAAAUUAA